CACGAUAUGCUACGAAUCGAAUCGACAACGAGACAUUCAGCGGAGAACCCGUACGCAUCUAAUGCAUAUUUCCAUACCCUUUUACAUACUACUCCUUUUCCUAUCUCAGAUGGAGAUUUUCACGGCGUUCUGGCGUACCACACGGACGACAGGAAGUCCAGGCAGGACGAAAGCAAGGAAGCAAGGAGUUUUGUUCUUACCAUAUCUUCAGUUUAGCAUUCGUUUCAUUCUCAAUACGAUCAACGCAUGUAUAUAUGUAUGUGUGUGCACGAGCAAGAAAUCGAAGGCUUCGUUGACCAA